AUCCAUAAUAAAGUUUGUUAUCAAAUAAGGCUGAAGGACCCCGCAGAAGCUUGAAAGUUACAGGCGUAGACCACUAAACGCGACCGACUUCACCGUAAACAGAUUCCCAAUAUUCCCAAUAUUCCCAAUAACUUUGCCCAAACAAACACUAGUACAUUUUAUCGUGUCAUCACAUAAAUCUAAUAGAACAAUGUGAUUAUUCUUGACGGAACCACUCUUGACGGAACCAAAUUGGGACCAAAUCUUCCGUUAGCUCUUGUGUUGAUAUUCGGAGUAGCUAUUCUAGUAGCUAAACCCUUCUAUGCAACAUAGUGCUUGACAUAGUGCUUGACACAUCAAACAGCUUAAGGACGUCAAACUACUUGGUAUCAUAGCUUGGCCAACAUGCCCGACCUUAAUUCAGUCCCACCCUCUCCCCACGUCCUUGCGGCUUCUCGAAAUUCCUCUUCCAAUCACAAUGGGCAAUCGCAUACCUCGGUACCUCCAGCUCCCAUUUCCCCUUCUCUAAAUAUCCUACCUUCGAAUCAACAGACUGUCAACCGAACAUCCUCGAUUUCUCUUUCGUCGCCACCGCUGCCAGGAACUCAUACCAUGUCUACUCCGCAUUCUGCUCCCGGACGAGACGACACUGGCGUCGGUGCUGGUCCAGGCCCUUUGCGACAUCCGCGACCCUUGACGGCUGCAGAGCUACAUUCGCAGUUGGAACAGGAGCAAGAACUCUUGGUGAACCGCCUGAGCCGCGAUUUGAUCAUGCUGCGAGCUGCACAGAACUCGUCUGUAGCCUCUAAUGCUUCGUCUACGAGCGCAUCGACCUCUGCCGAUCAGACCCACCCCUCCUCCUUCACCGAUACUCACCUCCUAUCCGGUCCGGGAUUCCCUCUCCCAACGACGAGCGCAGACCGUCGACACCAUCGGACCAACUCCAGUGCUAGUACACGCAGCCUGAACCAGUCUACCGCUACCCAAGGCUCGAUGCCUGCCCCGAUACCAAUCCCGCAACCUCACUCCGGGAGUGCUGCUUCGGUCUUAGAAGCGGCACGAAAUCCUCGAGCGGCACCGGGAAUGAGCCGACAAAACAGCACCGCUUCUCAGAGAAGCCAAAGCCGAAAUCAUUCACCCCAUCCGUAUCAUGCCAGCACUAGUCUAGGUUCUUCAUACACUCAGACACAUGGCGUCCCAUAUGAUUACGGAUCCGGUUAUUUCCCUAGGGGCUACACGUCUUCUAACACGAGCGUGGCAGCUACUCCCGGCUCGGAGCUUUCGCCGGGACUCUUGCCGGCCACUCUGCGCUACGAGGAGACGGCUCACUAUCGACAAGAGCUAGAGUCGGCUAAACGUGAGAAUGAGAAUCUCAAAAGGAGGAUUAAGGAGUUAGAACGGGCUCUACGGGAUCGCCGACAGAGUGACACCGGUCGGGCUAAUGGUGGAAGGGACCGAAGCGAGAGCGCCAGCACUACAGCCAGCGUCAGCGUCAGCGGCGCGACCGGAAUCGGAGGUGUCAUCGGGGGUGGUACUACCAUAGCCGGAGACCGGCGAGGAGAGCGUAGAGUUAUCGAGCGGGGCAUGAGUAAUUUGAGUAUUUCUGGAAGCGUCGGAGCUGGUGUCCCUGAAGAUGAGGUUCUGGUGGGCGAGAGCGCUGCAAGUGGCGGUUUACCAGUGGCUGGAGAACAGAUCCGGGACGCAAAGUAGGAUGUUAAAUAUGUUUAAACAUCAGCCCCUAGGUGGAUAGAUUGCAAUUUAUGCAGUCUUGCCGAAAAGAAUUAUCAUUAAUAGGGUUUAGGCAUGUUAUAAGGAUAGCCGGUGGGUUAGCCGACGUGUGAAUGACUAAAUGAAGUCCAAUUUGUUAUUGUCUUGCAAUUGACCUUUUUCCCUGUUGAUUGAGACAUUUGCACUAACUGACCAGGGCUUCUAUCCGGGUGUCUUGCUUGUUACUGUAUUUACUGUACUAUGCUGAAAAGUGUCUAAGAC